AUGACGCUAAAAGGCAACCUGAAGUUCUCCCUGAAGAAAGCGCUCAUGGGCGGCGACAUGUCUAAAUCCACAUACACGGGUCCCGGUGAACUUCUGCUCGCCCCUCCUUCCAUCGGCGACAUCACAAUCAUCAAGCUCGGUGGAAAGGAGACAUGGUCGGUGGGCCGCGACGCGUUCCUGGCUUGCACACAGGGCAUUGUAACGGAGUACAAGAGUCAAGGGAUUGGCAAAGCCAUGUUCAGUGGUGAGGGACUGUUCGUGUACAAGAUUAGUGGGACGGGUGUGCUUUGGGUGACGAGUUUUGGCGCGAUUAUCAGGAAGGAUCUCGCUGCCAACGAGAAAUACAUCAUCGACAACGGUCACCUCGUUGCAUGGAACUGCAAAUACGUCCUCGAGCGUGUUGCUAGUGGUGGUAUCAUCAGUAACAUGACGGCGGGUGAGGGCCUUGUAUGCAAAUUCACGGGACCGGGCACUGUUUUCAUGCAGACGAGGAAUGCGGCGGCGUUUGGGCAGUGGUUGGCCGCGAAUGCUGCUGCGCCGUAG